AAGGUUUUCGAAAAGAAAAGAAACGCAAAGUAAGAAAGAAAGAAAGGAAAGAAGAAACUGAAAAGAGAAGGAAAAAAAAAAAAAAAAAAGAAAAAAUCAACGUAACUGGUUGCGUUGCAUUGCAUUGCGUUGCAUUGCGUUGCAAUACUUACAUACCCUACUUUCCAUUUUCAUUCUCAUUUUUCUUCUUUCCACGAAAGAAAUAAAUAAAUAAAUAGAUGGUAGAUUGGUAGACGUAAAUAUAAUACUUACUCACUAACUUACUUACUUACUCACUUACUUACUUUACAUAUCUUUGAAGAAAUAAAUUAAUGGAGAUAUACGUACAGCGAAUAUCUCUCGUCCCUUCCCACCAUUCCCUUGUCCACCCAUUUAUCCUCAAUUCUCUGCAGAGAGAGAGAGAGAGAGAGAGAGAGAAAGAGAGAGAGAGGCGUGGUAAUUGAAAUUUCGUAUCGACGAAGAAAAAAAAACAGAAAAAAAAAAACAGAAAAAAGGAGAGAAAAAACAUACUUACUCGCGUUAACAACGUUAGGAAUCAUUUUCAUCAUUAUGUAUUCUAAGACAGUCCGUUCGAAUUUCAGUUAACGGCGAAGUGUACACGGGGGAAGAGGAAUAGAAGGAGAAGGGAAAGGAGAAGAAGAAGGAUAGAGAAGGAGGUGGGAAAAGGACGACGACUGUUAGAAACCGUGCAACUCGAUAGUCGUCUUGGAAUUAAGGAAGACCUUUGGGAAUACGCGGAUUAAGGAUACAGACCACCCAGCUCGAAUUCCUCAAAGGAAAGAGGAUCGUCCACUGGGGAGAGGUGGUGGUGGUGGUAGUGGUGGUGAUUGUGGUAGUAGUAGUAAUAGUAGUAAUAGUAGUAGUAGUAGCAGUAGUAGUAGUAGUAAUAGUACUAGUAGUUAUUGGAAGGAGAAGUAAGAGAAACAGGAGAAGGAAGUAAAAGGAGAAGGAGAAGGAGGAAGAGGAGAAGGAGAAGAAGAAGAAGAAGAAGAAGAAGAGAAGAAGGAAGAUCCUCGUCAAAGACGAGCUAAACGUGUCCAAGUUGAUUCGUUGAAGGUUAACAAACAGGAACGAAAUCUUCGAUGAGGUUGUUCCCAAGUCUUAUUAAGAAACAUGUCAAUAGCAACUAAGAACUUGUAACGACGAGACCAAAACAUAGCCGAGAUACAUUAAGGGACUCGUUAUUAACGCCGUGGGCCAAGCAACGAGUCAAAUCAAAUAUAUAUAUAUAUAUAUAUAUAUCUUAGAGAGAUACACACACACAUAUACAUAUAUACAUUCAUUUUUUCACUCUCACUCUCUCAAUCUGAAUCUCUCUAUCCUUGUCUCUAUCUAUCAUACUCUCAUUUAUUCACUUUCCACGUUCCACAAUAUUUCCUUAACUCGAAUAAUAUCGUACGAAGAAACUUCUUUCUCUCUCUCUCUCCUCUCUCUCUCUCCUCUCUCUCUCUCUCUCUCUCUCUCUCUCUAUCAAAGAUAUUUUAUACCUUUCGAAUUUCCUUCGUCGGUUCUCGUUGCGAAAUACCUCCCUGCAAAAGGAGAUAGAGAGAAAGCGAAAUAGAGAGUGAAAUAGAAAGAUAGAGAUAGAUAAAGAGAGAGAGAGAGAGAGAGAGAGAGAGAAAGAGAGAGAGAGAAAUUGGACGUGUUUCGAUUCGUGAAACUGUCUGGAGGAAGUAACGGUAACAACAACGACGCACGAGGACUAGGGUGUACGUAGGAAACGCGUUGUAUUGCUAACUAAAAUGUUUCAACGUUUUCGCGAACGCACCGAUCUCUCUAACAGGGGUUACACCGUUCUUGUUCUGGAAUAUUUCCCUUCAACAUACUACAUAGGUUUGCCUUUUGUGCACCGUGAGAAUUACUUUCCUAAGUUGGUACGGAAUAGCCUUCAAGCGGGACGAAUUUCGUCUGAGCCGUAAUAUCAAUUUCGUUUGAAGGAAGACAGAAGAAGAGUAAGGAAGGAGAGAGGGAAUAAAGAGAGUAAGAUAUAUAUAUAUAUAUAUAUAUAUAUAUAUACACGGAAAGAAAGAGAGAGAGAGAUAGACAUACGUAUGUUGACAAGAGAGAAUUCACAGAAACGUUUUCAUUCCUCUCCUCUUAGUACUUCCACUUUCUCUCCCUUUUCCUUACUCCUUCUCCUUCCCCCCUUCUCUCUCUCUCUUUCUCUAUCUCCCUCUCCCUCACCCUCUCCCUCACCCUCUCUCUCGUUAUUGUUCAUUCGUUCGUACGUUCGCUCUCGCUGUUGCCGCGUAAAACAUAAACAAUAACAUAGAAACGUUCAAGAAGAUCAGAGGAAGCGUAGUAUAUAACAAGUUACCGUCACGAUCGUAUCUUAUCGGCUUUCUCGAUCGCAUGUCGGAUUUUAAACUCUUAUGGAAGACGAGGUAUGUACUCUAUAUGUCUCUCGUCUGUUAAUUCGAUCGUCAAAGAAUCGACACGAAAUAUACGAAAUUGUGCGUCUUCCUUUUAUUAUUGUUACUACUACUACUAUUACGAAGACGACGACGAAGACGACAAAAAAUAUAUUACUAUUACAUGUCCCUCUUCGACACGUUUCAAAAUCGAACGAUAAUAAGCGACGUGAAUCGUUAUUGACAAAUUCCCUAUACCUGGAGGUCUUCUUUCUCAAGACUUAAGGAAAUCUAAAGGAUAGGUGAGCGACAUAACGCGUAUUACGUUCUAACUGUUCUGUAAGUCAGCCUGGCAAAAUUUUUAUCGUCGUCGUCGUAAUAUAUUAUCUUAUUAUUCUUUGUAACACGCAUUAUUACGGGAUAUAGAAUAAAUACGUAAUAAGUACAUCCGUACUUACGUACGUACGAACAGGAAAAAUAUAAGAAAACAAAGAAGAAAGAUUUGACCUUUUCGAUCGAAGGAUCGAAGGAUCGAAAAAGUAUCGUAAAUAGAAAACACGUUUUCUUCUGCGUGUGUGUAUAUGUGUGUGUGUGAGUGCGUGCGUGCGUGCUUACGCGCGUGUGUGCGCGAGCGUUUAAAAGUGUGUUGUCAACGACAACGAGAACGAAUUGAAAGCAACGAGAACGUUGGUUAGUUUGUUGGUGGGUGGUAGAUAUAAUGAUAUUAAACGUUUAGUAGUGUGCGAAUGAAUGUUAGAUUGAAAAGAGAAGAAGGGAAUACGAACGGGUGAAAGAGAGAAGGAAAAAGAAAGAAGAAAAGAAGAAAAGAAAAGAACAAAAUAGAAACAAGGAGUGAGAGAGAGAGAGAGAGAGAGAGAGAGAGAGAGAGAGAGAGAGAAUUAGAAAUAGAGAUAAAUAGAAAGAAAGGAAGGUGACAUCUCUUCUGGCGUGUAUCAUAAAUGUUUUCGUAUUUUUGAAAUAAUACGAAUAAAGUAUAAUAUUACCGAGUAUAUUAUUAUUCGGUUUAUUAUAUUUCUCGAUCUGGGAACGAGAAUUCUGUAUAUUCAAGUAAUACGUUUGUGAAUGUGCGCGGGUGAGUCGGUGAUACGUGCGGACGGGAGAAACGGACCAGCCUUUGGAAAAACAUGGUACACGAAGGCACAGGUUUAUGGCAUGCUGCUGGAUUCAAUGUGUCGAGGUGGCUGAUGGUUAUAAUACACGGCUAUCGGGUCACCAGUCUCAUCCUGUCUAUCUUACUUAACGUGCUGGUACCUACCGAGUACCACACGAGCACGGUUACUGCCGAGAUAGUAGUCGGUGCUGGAAACGGGAACGCUUUGGGGACGACUAUGACGACUACUACGACGACUACGACGAGAACGGUGACUACGACAACGUCGACGUCGUCGACUACGACGACGACGACGACGACUCUGAGACCAUUGGACGUCGAGCUACCACCCACUCUACCGAUGACCUUUGGUACCGAGAACUCAACUACGAUCUCAGCGCAAUCCGGUUCCAUGGCUUUGCUACCCUGCGUUGUUCACAAUCUUGGCGACGGAGUGGUGUCGUGGAUAAAGCGUAAGACUGUUCAGGAAUUAUUGACGGUCGGUCUGAUAACGUACGCUAACGACGAGCGUUUUCAAGCGAUUCACUUUCAUCACAGCGAGGAUUGGACGUUGCAAAUAAAAUACGUACAGGGAAGAGACGCGGGACUUUAUCAGUGCCAAGUGUCAACGCAUCCACCUACAAGCAUAUUUUUGUUUCUCGAGGUUGUCGCAAUCAGAGUGUCUACUGCUGCUGCUGCUGCUACUGCUGCUGCUACUGCUGCUACUGCUGCUGCUGCUGCUGCUGCUGUUGGUGUUACUGCUGAUGGUAUUGGUACUGCUGGUGCUGUUAUAGCUAUUCCUUCUAUUCCUGUUACUGGUGCUGUUUUGUUGGUGCUGAUGUUGCUGACGCAUUUGAGGUUUAGAACUUCGUACGCCACACUCGUUAAUACCGUCUAUCAAACCGUGAAAUAUUCAACUAGAUUGUCGUCAUUAAUUUAACUCAAAAGGAAAUGAUCUAAUCGUUAACCUCUUCAUCGAACUAUAUACUUGAUUACUUACUUCGUUCGUUUUUUUUUACCUUCGUUUCUUCCUACCUACCUUCCUUCCUUCCUUCCUUCCUUCCUUCCUAAAUUAACCUACACCAUUUUAAUUCAGAAAGCGGAACUUAACGAGCAACAAAUCCUAGAAUCAUUAAAUAUGCACGACAUAAACGUCCAUUAGAUAUGCACGUCUUCGAUAGGAAUUAGAAACGAUUUUGUGGUCAAUAGAAACGACCUCUCUCUACUACCAUACACCACCAUCGCCAAUAUCACCAAUACCACACCAACACCAUCACCACAACCACCAUCACCAUCACCAUCACCACCAUCAUCACCACCGAUAUAUCCAUUUGGACGAUUUACUCGUCCAAAAGGGAUAAAGAGAGAGAAAGAAAGAGAGAGAGAGAGAGAGAGAGAAAGAGAGAGAGGGAGAGAGAUCGGAUUUACCUCUUCUAGAGAAUGGUGCAUGUAUAUACUCGAGUUUAAUGUAAGUACUUCAAGUUCGAUAGAUUGAUCCUACUAUUAUUACAAAUUAAACUACUUUAAUGAUCUAUUAUCAAUAUACUCCAGUAUAUUAUAUAUUAUAACUCGUUCAACAUGCAUUUAUGUAUUAUACAUAAUAUACAUAUAUU